GGGGGGCGGUAUAAUUCUGGAAGGCCCGUACGUCAGGCUCCUGGGCCGAGUGAACCGCCUGUGUGACCUAAGGGGAGAAUUGGCUGCUCCACGGCCUUUCUGUGGAGAUCUGGCGUAGAAACUGAGGCCCGAGGGGGAGCAGUGUUUUGGGGCACAAGGCCUGGUAGGGCCAAAGCCGGGUCUGGAAUCCGGAGUAAGGGAGCCCGCGGGCCCAGGGCCUCGGCUCCAGGAGCUGCCUGGAAGCGACGCCGUUACCCUGGCAAUCGUUUUCCGACCCUGACCCUUAAGUAGCAGAGGAAGUUCUCAGUGCUGUUAGGACUGGAGGAGAGGAGAAAAGAGGAUUUGAAGUUAAGAACUGCGGAGGACUGGGAUCAGCUGUAACUGGUAAUUAAGAAAUGAAGCCAACAGAUACAGACUCAAGGAUCUUAUCUCUAGCUGCUGAAGUUGCCAAAAGUCCUGAGCAGAAUGUGCCUGUUAUUUUGUUGAAGUUAAAAGAAAUAAUAAACAGCACACCACUAGGAAGCUCAGAGUUGAAGAAAAUCAAACAAGAUAUAUAUUGUUAUGACCUCAUUCAGUAUUGUCUCUUGGUCCUCAGGCAAGAUUGUUCUCGAAUCCAGGGUGGUUGGGCUACCAUUUCCCAGCUUACACAAAUAGUAAGCCAUUGUUGUGUGGGCUUAGAACCAGGAGAAGAUGCAGAGGAAUUUUACAAGGAAUUACUUCCACUUGCUGCAGAAAAUUUUCUAGUUUUGGGGAAAAGAUUGCAAGCAUGUUUUCUCAAUACAGCUAAGGGUGAAGAAAAAGAUGAAUUACUACUCUUUUUCCAAAUUGUGAGUGAUUCUCUGUUAUGGCUAUUGGGAGGCCAUGUUCAACUCAUACAGAAUGUACUACAAAGUGAUCAUUUCUUACACUUACUGCAAACUGACGAUGUUCAAAUAGGAUCUACAGUCAUGACUCUGCUGCAGAAUAUAUUACAAAUGAACAGCGGUGAUCUACUCAGAAUAGAAGGGAACACCCUGCAUUUGAUUUUAGAUGAAGUUAUUUCCAAGCUUUUAUUAACCCCUAGUCUACUCCUAAAAAGUACUGCUGUGAAGCUUCUACUGUGGAUGGCUCAAUCCCAUCAGGAAAUUUUGAUUUCACUGAGACUAAGUACCUGCUACAAAGAACUCAGAAGUCUACUAAAUAAACAAGGAAUUGGAAGAGAAUUUAAUCGAGAACUUGGCCAGCUUAUUGACCUUUUAAGCCCUAAGAUCUAUCAGGAAGUAGAAGAACAGAAACUACAUCAAGCAGCUUGCUUGAUUCAAGCUUAUUGGAAGGGCUUCCAGACUAGAAAGAGACUAAAGAAGCUUCCAUCUGCUGUAAUUGCUUUGCAGAGGAGUUUCAGAUCUAAGCGAACAAAGACAUUGCUAAAGCUAAAUAGGCAGAAGGAAGAAAAGGAUCUCAGAUUACAAUUGCAACUUGAAAGACAGAGAGCCAUGAGACUUUCUCGAGAAUUACGGCUGAGUAUGCUUGAAAUAGUUCAUCCAGGUCAAGUGCAGAAACACAAUCAGGAGUUGGAAGAGAAAUCAGCACUGAUUAUCCAAAAGCAUUGGAGAGGGUACAGGGAAAGGAAAAAGUUCCAGCAACAAAGGCCAUCUCUCACGGAGCAUAAAGCAGCAGUCAUACUUCAAAGAGCAGUUCUUAAAUUCUUAACAAAGUGCCGUAAGAAAAAGAAACGAUUUGCCCCUUGGCAAGGACUCCAAGAACUCACUGAUGCACACAGAGUUCACCUGAAGCAACGAGUGGAUGACUAUGUCAGAAGACAUUCAGGUUCUCAGAUGUCAGAUGAAGCCAGCAGGGAGCUCCAUGCCCAGGCUCAAGAACGGCUACAACACUACUUUAUGAGCAGGGCCCUAGAAGAGAGAGCCCAGCAGCACAGAGAGGCUGUGAUGGCUCAGAUCAGCACAAGUAUUGAACAACUAAUGAAGGCACCAAAUCUGAAGGAAGCAGAAGGAAAAGAACCUGAGCUCUUCCUAAGUAGAUCCAGGCCUGUGGCGGCCAAGGCCAAACAGGCCCAUCUCAUCACCCUGAAGCACACACAAGCACCUUGGUGGAAGAAGCUUGGGGAAGAACCAGGCAAUGAGAUUGAUGUUCCAAAGGAAGAGCUUACUAUAGAAUUAGAAACCUUAUUCAUUGGUGGAACCAAAUCCCCAUAGGGAAGUACCCUGAAAACUGAUACUAAUCUUAUAUUUCGGGAAACUAUAUUGGUUCUGCUGUGGUAUACUUGUAGUCUAAGACUUGUCUCACUUAUGAUUUUCCAGAAAUUUCUCUCAAAAAAAGAUUUAUAGGAAGCAAAACAAAAAGUUAUCAUCUACCUCUCAAUUCUCUUUCUUUUUUCCUCCACAUCCUUGUCUCUGGCCAUAUGGACAGAUAUGUGUUGCUUUGAUUGUGGAACUAAAUUGAUCAUGGCAUCCUGUUGUUAACAAAAUAUUAAAUUUAUUUCAUUUUUGCUA